CUAAACCAUCGACCGCUGUUUGGCAUUGUAUCACACUAAAGUUUUUUGUGUGCCGAAUUUGUUUAAGUUUUUGCAUUUGUUUGUUUUAUGUGGAAUGUCAACUUACUGUAAGCCUAAAAAGCUGGAGAGUGAAAGAUGCGUAUCUGCAUGGUGUCAGACUUCUUUUACCCAAGCAUCGGCGGGGUGGAGGAGCACGUCUACAACCUUUCGCAAAUGCUGCUUAGUCUGGGUCACAAGAUCGUUGUGCUGACCCACGCCUACGGCGACUGCAGUGGUAUUCGAUAUGUGACCCGUGGCCUGAAAGUCUAUUAUCUGCCCAUCAAGGUUUGCUACAACCAGUGCAUCCUGCCCACGGCCGUCUGCAAUUUGCCCAUGUUGCGGGCGGUGCUUCUUCGGGAGCGUGUAGAUGUGGUUCAUGGCCACUCGGCCUUCAGUGCACUGGCUCACGAGGCGCUGAUGGUGGGCUCCUUGCUGGGCUUAAAGACUGUCUUCACCGACCACAGCCUCUUUGGCUUCGCCGAUCUUUCGGCCGCUCUGACCAAUAAUUUACUUGAAGUAAACUUAAGCAUGGUGAAUCAUGCUAUCUGUGUGUCCCACAUAGGCAAGGAGAACACUGUUCUACGCGCUCGAGUGGCCAAACAUCGUGUUUCCGUCAUCCCAAACGCUGUGGACACCGCCUUGUUUACGCCUGAUCCCGGUCAGCGUCCCAAAGAUGACACAAUUAACAUCGUAGUGGCUUCGCGUCUUGUCUACCGUAAAGGAAUAGAUCUUCUAGCUGGCAUCAUUCCGCGUUUCAAAAAAAUUCAUGUAAACUUUAUCAUUGUGGGCGAUGGACCAAAGCGGGAUCUUCUGGAGGAGAUUCGUGAAAAAACCAACAUGCAGGACAGAGUGGAAAUGGUGGGUGCGGUGGACCAUGCCAAAGUUCGCGAUGUAUUGGUGCGUGGUCACAUAUUCGUUAAUACCUCACUGACUGAGGCCUACUGCAUGGCCAUUGUUGAGGCGGCUUCCUGUGGCCUCCAGGUGGUGUCCACCAGCGUGGGAGGAAUACCAGAAGUGCUGCCCAAGAGCCUUAUACUGCUGGCGGAACCAGACAUAGAUGCUAUUUAUGCUGCAAUUUUAGUGGCCAUCGAAAGGCAUCAAAAGAGUUGCUUUAAAAUUAAUCCCCCAGCUGCCAAUGGUCAUUUGCCAUUGGAGCCUAAUGGAAAGGGUAAAAGGCGACGUCGCAAGAAAAUUGAAGUUAAUACGUCUCCUCCGCAACUGCCAAUUCCUGCUAACUCUCCUGCAGAUGAAAGUAGCCACACUGAGCCGAUAAUGUGUCCCUACAAAUGCAAUGAGUUGGUGGAAACGCUCUACAACUGGGAGGACGUGGCCCUUCGCACAGUCAAAGUUUACGAUCGCGUCCUACAGGAACGCUCCUUCACAACCAGCGAGCUGGUGUUUGCCGUUUGGCAGCACGGCUCCUGGUUCCUUGCCUUUUUCGUUGUGGCCCACUUCAUAAUGCGCCUGCUAGAGUUUUGGCGACCUCGUCGGCGCGUUGAGCUUGCGCAGGAUAUUCAACGCCCGCCCAGCUAGCGAAUACCAAACGGAUUUCAUUCUUCCAUCAACUAGCCAUUUUUAUAUGUAAUCGUUAGAUGUCAGACCUCUAGUUGACAGUUUAUUUAAUGUCCAUAUUCGUAGCCGAAUAUAUUAUCACCUUAAACAAC